AUUAUGCAGCCGAUAAGACUAGUUAUGUUAGGACCCGCCGAAGAUAAACUUCUAAAUUAUACCAAAGGUGAAUUUUCCCAAUGAAAUGGAUUAGAAUUUUCACUGAAAACCACAAUUAAUUAAAGGAAAAGGACAUUCAUUUAUUUGUCACAUACCUGAAUAUACAUAUCAUCUUAGAAAAAAUAAUUUAUUGAGGACUUAUCACUGUUAAAUACUAUUCAAGAUGUCUGCUGAGUGUGUGAAAGUAAUAGUUCGCUGUCGUCCAAUGAACGAGAGGGAAAAUAAUCUCAACUGUAAAACAGUAGUGAAGAUUGAUGCAACUCGAGCACAAUGCAUUCUUAACAAUCCCGCGGAUGAGUCGUCCCCACCUAAAAUAUUCACUUUUGAUGGAGCAUAUGAUAGAGAUUCUGUAACUGAACAGAUAUAUAAUGAAAUUUCAUAUCCCUUGAUUGAAGGUGUCACUGAAGGUUAUAACGGGACUAUUUUUGCCUAUGGCCAGACAGGCUGUGGGAAGUCUUUUACUAUGCAAGGAGUCAAGGAUCCAACAGCACAAAGAGGAAUUAUUCCCAGGUCAUUUGAACACAUAUUUGAAACGGUGUCUAUUGCUGAAAACACAAAAUUUCUCAUACGAGCUUCAUAUCUUGAAAUUUACAAUGAGGAAAUCCAUGAUUUACUCGGAAAGGAUACAAAAUCGUCAAUGAGUUUGAAAGAACACCCAGAGAAAGGAGUUUAUGUUCAAGGUUUAUCCUAUCACACAGUUCAAAAUGUUGAAGAUUGUAGAAAAAUUAUGGAGAAAGGCUGGCAUAACCGCACUACAGGGGCCACACUGAUGAAUAAAGAUUCUUCGCGCAGUCAUUCUAUAUUUACUAUUCAACUCGAAAUGAUUACCAAGAAAGAUUCUGAUGAAGAGCACAUAAGAGCCGGGAAGCUGAAUCUUGUUGACCUUGCAGGUAGUGAGCGACAAGCUAAAACAGGAGCCAGUGGUGAUCGCUUGAAAGAAGCUUCAAAAAUCAACCUGUCUUUGUCAGCUUUAGGAAAUGUAAUAUCAGCCUUAGUGAAUUCUAAAGUAAAACACAUACCUUAUCGAGACUCAAGAUUAACAAGACUGUUGCAAGACUCCUUGGGAGGUAAUACAAAAACCCUGAUGGUAGCGUGUUUGUCACCUGCUGACAACAAUUAUGACGAAACACUUAGCACUUUGCGAUAUGCCAACAGAGCUAAAAAUAUUAAAAAUAAACCAAAGAUAAAUGAAGAUCCAAAAGAUGUCCUUCUUAGAGAAUAUCAAGAGGAGAUUACAAAACUGAAGGCGUUGCUGAUGGGUCAGAAUCAGAUGUCCAAAGAUAUAAACCAAGUACAAAAGGAAAAUGAAAAACAGACUGGGAAAGUUACGAGUCCAAGCUCUUUGGUCAGAAAAGAAGAACUCGAAAAAGAAAAAGAAAACUUGAAAAAGGAAUAUGAAAUGCAUUUUGCUGAAAUUCAAGCAAAAUAUGAGGAAGAAAGAAACAAUAGAACAAAGCUUCAGGAAGACAUGACAAAACUACAAGAUUUUUAUGAAUCAAAGCUAUCAUUUGUUGAUGGACAAAUUGCAGAGCUGCCAACUGAUCAAGAUCUUCCUGAAAAAGGUGCACUUGAAGAUCAGAAUGUUACGAGUUUAACUGAAGAAGAAGUUGUAAGCUCAGACCUAGGUAACAUAGAAAAUGUAACAGAAGAGCAAGAAAUAAACAAGAAUAAUUUGGUUAAUGAGGAAAACUCCAAUGUUCAGCAGGAAGCCAUGAAAAGAUUGCUUGUACUUCAACAACAAAUGGUUGGUGGGGAAAAUGUCAACAACAAAGAAGUAAAAGAGAGAAGGAAGAAAAAAAUGAAACUCGCUGAAGAGAGAAAGAGAAAACUUGCGGAGGCUGUAGCAAACAUGGAUGACGAUUAUAUUAUGAUUGACAUAUAUGAAAACAUUCAUGAUGAACUAAGGGCAGUAACCAAAAAACUUGGAAAAGCACAGAAAAAGGUCGUUCAGUUAGAAAGUGAAUUUUCUGAUAUACAGUCAGAAUUUGAAAUUGAACGAAUUGAAUAUAUCCAGACAAUUCAGAAACAAGAAAAACAAGUUCAGCUUUUCCAAGCAAUGCUAGACCAAAUACAACCCUGCUUGCGUAGAGAUUCCAAUUAUUAUAAUUUGGAUAAGAUCAAAAAUGAGGCUCAUUGGGAUGAAGAUAAUCAAAAGUGGAUUCUGCCAAAAGUUUCUUUAGAGAAGACAACGAUGCCUUUUAUGGAAACAGUUAACAAUUCAGCUGGACAGAAAAUUCCAGAACAGCAAGGUCCUACAGGCUAUAGCAGUCCAAAUUUAUCUAAAGCAGAAGAUGACAAGCUAAGAGAGAAACUCUGGAAGAAUGAUAACACAACAAAUUAUUUUUACCAAAUGCGAAGAUCAAAUCAGCUGAUUUCUGACCAAGCAAGCAGAAUGAGUGUUAGUCAAAUCAAAGAAAGUUUCUCCUCUUCUGCGAACUUUAUGAAUAUGCCACACCAGCAUUCUGUACCAUUAGUGCAAGGAAGCUCUUUCACAAGCUCUGAAGUCCAACUCGAACCUACUCAUAAAUCUUCACCAAUAUGUGGUUCCCUAUCAACAAACAGUGACACUGCUGCUGAUACUACAAUACGAAAACCAUUAAGACUAGAAGCUCUCAACAUUAAUCAGUCCCAUGGUCGGAAGUCAAAGAAGAAAAAAAACUCACACAUGUUUGAAUAAGGAAAUAAGGCGAUGAAAUUGCUUUUAUUUGUAUGUGUAUGUUUAGUUGUCAUGAUGUCUAUGUGAGUGCAACAUGGUCUGCCAUAUUGAGAAAAGUAUUAGCUCCCUGCUUUAUAUAUAACUAGCUGUGGGUGACUUAAUGCUUUUAUGUGUAAGGGAAGGUGAAGUAAACAAUAUCUAUUGUUCUGAACUUGAAGUGAAAUAUAGACAAAAUGAUUUUCUGUCUGAAUUUUAAGGUUUUCAAAACCAAGAGAACAAAAAGGCAUGAUCAAAUUGUGCCUAAUAUUUUACCACACUAAUACAUACCUACAUGCAUACAUGUUGAUAUUUUAAAACUGUCUUAAAUGAGUCUUCAUCUUUUAAACAGGCUUAAUAAAUGAACGUAUGACAAUUUGCACAAAUUUGUAGCUUUCAAAUAAAAUAUUGAACAAAAGUAA